UUGCUUAUUACAAUUUUCCACAGUAUUACAGCUUUUAGUAUUAAUUUUUGUGUAUACGAAAGAUAAUAUAUCUUCAAAAAACAAUAACUUUGUAAUCUAAACCUUUAACAGAUUGUGUUUUGUUUAGAAUUGUGUGACUGUGUGUGUAUUUCGAUUUGUUUUUCGAACAGCUUCCUGGGCAUCUCGUUGCUUGUUUGCAAUGUUGACUUCUAAGCUGUGAAGUUACUUCGUCAGCAUACCGACCAAAAUGACCAUUCAGCCAUUUCGAAGGAAGUCAUUUAAAAUUCUUAGCACUUACCUUAAUACGUAAAAGACUCAAAAAAUAUAAACUCGAAUAAAACUUUAUUUAAUUUUUAAGUAGUGCUAUUUUGUUCCUGUUAUUUUAUUAACGAGUGAUAUUAGUGUAAGUUUAGUGUUGUGCCAUUGUCGAUAGUUUUUUGUCGAUAAGUGAAGAUGUAUAGUAUAAUGUGGAGUGUAUUUGCUGCGAUUCUUGGAGUGGCUUCGGCUAUGGACCGGAGUCACUUGCCACCGACCUGUUCUAGCACCAUCUAUUGCCACGGCCCCUUACUAGACACGGUACAAAUGGCGGGACUGUACAAUGACUCGAAGACCUUCGUGGAUAUGAAGCUCAAGCUGUCUGCCAACAUCACCAUGGAACACUUUCAGGAGAUGAUGGCGAGGACAGGUUCACACCCGACCAAGGCUGACAUCCAGGAGUUUGUCAAUCAGAACUUCGACCCUGAGGGCUCCGAGUUCGAGGACUGGCGGCCUACUGACUGGAAGGAUAAUCCUGCAUUUCUGCAAAACAUCAAGGAUCCUCUACUCCACCAAUGGGCAGCAGAACUGAACCGACUGUGGCUGCAACUCGGCCGGAAGAUGAAGCCGCACGUCAAGAACAACCAGGAUCUGUACUCUAUUAUCUACGUGGAUAACCCUGUUAUAGUGCCUGGUGGUCGUUUCCGAGAGUUCUACUACUGGGAUUCCUACUGGAUCAUCAAAGGUCUGCUUCUGUCUGAGAUGAGGGCCACAGCUAAAGGCAUGGUGUCAAACUUCAUGGAUAUUGUGGAGAGGAUCGGCUUCAUUCCUAAUGGGGGGAGGAUAUAUUAUGCUAUGAGAUCACAACCUCCUCUGCUAAUCCCCAUGGUGAAGAUAAUACUAGAUGAUAUGGACGACCUGGAGUACUUGCGCCAACACAUACACACGUUAGACAGAGAGUAUGAUUACUGGAUGACGAAUCAUACUGUGGAGGUGGACCAUAAUGGGCAUAGAUACACGCUAGCGAGAUAUUACGAUCAAUCACAAGGACCCAGGCCUGAGAGUUACAAGGAAGACGUCGAUGUCGCGAGACAUUUUGACACAAAUGACAAGAAAGAGGAGUUGUAUGCUGAGCUAAAGGCGGCUGCUGAGUCAGGGUGGGACUUCUCAUCCCGAUGGUUCAUCCUCAAUGGCACCAAUAAAGGCAACCUAACAAACCUGAAGACCCGCUCCAUCAUCCCGGUGGACCUCAACGCCAUCAUGUGCUGGAACGCGCAGCUGCUGAGAGACUUCCACCUCAGGCUCGGCAAUAUCGAUAAGGCGGAGUACUAUAGGAACGUUCAUGCGAGGUUCAUGGAUGCUAUUGAACAGGUCCUAUGGCACGAAGACGUAGGAGUCUGGUUAGACUACAGCCUAGAGUCAGGCAGACGCCGCGAUUACUUCUACCCUUCAAACGUGUCGCCUCUAUGGGCGGUGUGCUACGAUCAGGCCAGAAAAGAUUACUAUGUCAACAGAGUUGUUAACUAUCUGGAUAAAGUUAAAGUGGACAUUUUCGAUGGCGGCAUCCCAACCACUUUCGAACAUUCUGGAGAGCAGUGGGACUAUCCGAACGCCUGGCCGCCAUUACAGUACAUAGUAGUAAUGGGUUUAGCUAAUACUGGCCAGCCAGAGGCUGUCAGACUGGCCAGCGAGAUCGCCACUAAGUGGGUGCGUUCGAAUUUCGAAGUUUGGAAACAGAAGACUGCUAUGCUUGAAAAGUACGACGCGACAAUUUUCGGCGGUCUCGGUGGCGGCGGCGAGUACGUUGUACAAACAGGCUUCGGUUGGACCAAUGGUGUGAUAAUGGCAAUGCUCAACAAAUGGGGAGUUGGUGGUAUAGAUACGCUUACUUCAGCGGACGCGUUCGGGACGGGCGUGACGGCUGACUCCGGCGCCGUGUAUGGGGCGCAUGUUGGAGCUAGCGGCGUGGCCACGGCUAUUCUAGUAGUGCUCGCAUCUUUGGCUGCGGGAACCCUUGGGCUCAUCGUGUACAGAAAACGCAGGGACUACAUCCGAGUAUCAGGAGGCGAAGACUACAAACUGCUUUCUCGAAGACCUUACACGGAACUCAGGAGCCUCAACGGAGCAUCGAACCCGCGACAGCGAUGAACUACCUACCUCUAACAAACGAACGCUUAACGUGAGUGGUAACUGGCUUCGGAAUGAAAUUCACUGUUAACCGUUAUUUUUUGGUCCUAGGAAUUAUUUCUGUAAUGAAACUAGCUAGGCUGAUUUUGACAUAAGCCAAAAUAUUUAUUUGACAAGAAAAAUAGUUGAAAAAAUAUUUUCCUGAUUAAUGGAACUUGUAAAAAAAAACACAUCCUGUAAAAGCCGGUAAGAACCUGGGAAAGCCAAAAAUAAAAGUAGGUAAUAAAAUAUACCAAUUAAUGAACUUCUUACUCGAUUAACUGGCAUGACAUUAGAAAAAAGGAAAUAGCUAGCCAUUUUAUAGCAAAUAUACAUAAAUAUUUAUUGGUCUGUAGGUAUGUUAAAAAAAUCCUUAGCUCAAUGUGAAUAAAUACAAAAAAAAAGUGUAGUUAAGCAAUGUACUAUCAAAAUAUUUUUCUAAGAAAGAUAAGUAAAUUAGUUUCAUUGAUAACUACUGUAAAAUGUAUUUAAGUGUAAACACCAGCUUGGCCAAAGCCUCUGUUAUUAAUUAUUAAUAUUAAUAAAAUAUACAUGCACUAGAUAAAAUAUUUUCAACUAGAAAAACAAUUAGACGUAAAUAUGAAACAUUGACACAAGUGAAUACUUCUGCUCAUUUGUUCAAA